AUGUCACGCCUCGCACCCGUCGUUCUCGACAAUGGUACGGGAUACACGAAGAUGGGUUUCGCCGGCAACUCGGACCCGUCUUUCGUCAUCCCCACCGCCAUCGCCACGCGCGGCUCGUCCUCCUCGACCGGGCGCGGACCCUCAGUCGCCUCCAAGCCCGCCAGUCUCGGCUCGUCCUCCGGCCACCUCUCGUCGAAGCGGGGGAUCGAAGACCUCGAUUUCUACAUCGGCGACGAGGCGCUCGCAAACUCCAAGACGUACAACGUCAAUUACCCGAUCAAGCAUGGGCAGAUUGAGGACUGGGAUCAGAUGGAGAGGUAUUGGGAGCAGUGUAUCUUCAAGUACCUCCGUGCCGAGCCAGAGGACCACUACUUCCUCCUCACCGAGCCUCCUCUGAACCCUCCCGAGAACCGCGAAGCCACGGCCGAAAUCAUGUUCGAGUCGUUCAACGUCCAAGGACUGUACAUUGCCGUCCAAGCCGUCUUGGCGCUCGCUGCGUCGUGGACUUCGAAGAGCGUCCAGCACCGGACUCUGACGGGAACGGUCAUCGACUCGGGAGACGGCGUCACGCACGUUAUCCCCGUCGCUGAGGGCUACGUGAUUGGUUCCGCGAUCCGCCACAUCCCCAUCGCCGGUCGAGACAUCUCCUCCUUCGUCCAGCAGCUCCUCCGCGACCGAAACGAGACGGGUAUCCCGCCCGAGGACUCGCUCCGCGUCGCAGAGAAGAUCAAGGAGGAUUACUCGUACGUCUGCGGAGACAUGGUCAAGGAGUUUGGCAAGUACGAUCGCGAGCCGGAGAAGUUCUUUGCCAAGUAUGAGGGAGAGCAUUCGGUUACUGGCAGAAAAUACUCGGUCGACGUGGGCUACGAGCGCUUCCUCGCGCCCGAAAUCUUCUUCAACCCGGAAAUCUACUCGUCCGACUUCCUCACCCCCCUCCCGGACGUCGUCGACCAAGUGAUCCAGACCUCGCCCAUCGACGUCCGUCGCGGGUUGUACUCGAACAUUGUUUUGAGUGGCGGUUCGACCAUGUUUGAUCACUUUGGGAGGAGGCUGCAGAGGGAUUUGAAGGGGAUUGUGGAUCAGCGGAUCGCGACGAGCGAGUUGGCUAGCGGUAGCUUGAUGAGGUCGUCGGGCGUCGACGUCAACGUCAUCUCGCACAAGAAGCAGCGGUACGCGGUCUGGUUCGGCGGGUCCUUGCUCGCCUCGACGCCCGAGUUCUACGGCUACUGCCACGACCGCACCGCCUACCAGGAGUAUGGCCCGUCGCUCGUCCGGCGGUUUGCGAUCUUUGGCUCUGCGACCGACUGA